AUGGAGAAAGAGCUGAUAGAUGUCUUGAAGAACAUGCAGCUAACGGAAGAAGAAGAGUUGCAGAUCUCAGUUUCGGAAGAAGGCAGAGCACAGGUAAUAGAGGAGUGUUCUCAAAGUCUGAUGGGAAAGCUCUUGACAGACAGAAAGCAAAACCUGCGUGCUCUUAAGAAUACUUUAAGGACUGCUUGGAAAAUUGGCCAGGAUUUGAAGAUUGUGGAAGUUGGAAGUGAUAUCCUUCAAUUCAAGUUUGCCAAUGAAUAUCAGCUAAGGUGGGUUGAAACAAAUGGACCAUGGAACUUUGAAAAUAAUCUUCUAUUGCUCAAAAUAUGGGAGAGGAAAAUGACGGCAAGUAACAUUUCUUUUACCCACUCUCCUUUUUGGGUACAAAUUUGGGGUUUGCCCUUUGAUAUGAUGACAGAUAAGAUAGGAAAGGAGAUAGGCAGCAAUUUGGGGAAUUUAUGA